AUGGCAGCUGGCGAAACCAAUUCAGUGUGUCCUUUGCACAAGAACCCCAAUUCAACACUGAAAGAAGUCACAAUGAGUGGCUCGUGGAAAAUGUACCUGUAUGGCAUCGCGCCAUGUACAGGAGGUGUGGCAUUUGGAUAUGAUACGGGAUCGAUGAGUGGAAUUUUAACAAUGCCACAAUUUCUCUCCUAUAUGGGCUACCCUGGAAAUUUUUUGCAGGGAGGAAUAACUGCAUCAAUUCAGGCUGGCUCAUUUGCAGGGUCUCUCCUGACAGGUGCAUUCCUCGCUGAUCGUCUGGGUCGGCGGAAUACCAUUCUUCUGGGUUCCUUGAUAUUUACUAUCGGUGUCGCUAUCUCAACAGCAGCAAAUGGGGUGAUCGCUCUUAUCGCAGGUCGUGUUAUCAAUGGCUUAGGAAACGGUUGUCUGGCAAUGAUGGUGCCCCUUUACCAAAGCGAGAUUGCGCCUCCUAAAAUUCGUGGUCGCAUCGUCUCGAUGCAACAAUGCUGUAUCAACUUUGGUAUUCUUAUCGCGUUUUGGAUCCAAUACGGAUCGAGCUUUCUAUCCGGAAACGCGUCGUGGCGCCUAGCACUAGGUCUGCAGAUGAUACCUACCGCCUCUUUACAUCUGACAAUGUACUUCAUGCCCGAGUCACCUCGAUGGCUUGCACAACGAGAUGAACACGAGAAAGCACUGCAUGCACUGGCUAGGCUGCAUUCUGAUGGCAACAUUAAUGAUCCUUUCGUGCAUGCAGAGCUAGCUGAGAUCGAAGCAAAAAUUCAGUGGGAGAGGCAGAAUCCACCUCCAUCUUAUAUUCAGAUGCUCGUGGGACGCGAUCGCCGUCGAACUUGGCUUGGAAUUGGAGUGCAAUUUUGGCAACAAGUGACUGGGGUUAAUGUAAUCAUGUAUUAUGCAGUAUUCUUGUUUGAACAAGCCGGUAUCAGUUCGACUCGUGGCUCUUUGUUGGCCAAUGGUAUCCAGGGUGCUGUUCUGAAUAUUUUUACUUGGCCAAAUAUGUACUGGAUGGACACCUGGGGCCGUCGGACUCCUAUGGUCAUUGGUGGAUUUGGUAUGGCUAUCUCAAUGAUGCUUAUCGGAACAAUCAUGAAGACCAAAGGUAAUCCAGUAUAUAAUCCCCUCACGAAGAAAACAAACUUCGACUUCGCCAGCCAAACUGCGUCAAAUGCUACCAUCGCAUUUGUUUAUGUUUACGUUGCGGUUUUCGGUCUGACAUGGGCAUGUGUUGCCUGGGUUUAUCCACCCGAGCUAUUCACAACGGGCUCGCGUGGACGAGGUACGUCCAUGACGUCGGCGACGAAUUGGUUUGUGAACUUUUGGUUCGCACUUUAUAUCCCAACAGCCAUGGAAAAGAUAUCGUGGAAACUUUACAUGGUAUUCAUGACUCUAUGCUUCACCAUGGCUAUAGUCGUCUUCUUCCUCUAUCCGGAAACUGCAGGGAAAAGUUUGGAAGAGGUCGACUUCCUCUUUUCCAAAGACCGCACAAUUUGGGUCUUUCGAGAUCGACAGGCCCGCAAAGUCGGUGCUAUCUUCGAACGUGACAUGGCCCACGGGGAAGCCCUCACCGAUUUCGAUGGGAAGAUUGCGGGAACUUCCCAUGUGGAUAAUGUAGAGUAUGAUGCACGGUUGGCUUCCUCAAAUUCAGGGGGAGUGUAG